GUGAGCGCAAACGGUCCGGCUUCUGACACAGCUUUUUUUUCAUUUUGCAUAAAAAUUCUUUUAUUCGUAAUCAUGUCAGUUUUAAGGCAUUUAAACAGAUGUUUGCCAUUCAAACAAAACCAAACUGCAUUGAUUGUCCAGUCAUGUUUCUUCCACAAAAGUCCCGCGAUCAAAUCAAAAAAUGACUAUCUAAUUGAUUCGGCUGAGUAUUCAUUUCUAAAGGAUAUUGGUAUAGAACAAGACAAUUGCGGAGUAUACAAUGGAACAUGGAAAGGCUCCGGAGAGGUAAUAACAUCCGUAGAUCCCGGAACAGGGCGAAGGAUUGCCAAUAUUCGAAUGGGUAGCACUGAAGAGAUGGAUGAGGCGAUACGAAUUGGAGUUAAAGCAUACCAGCAAUGGUGUGGGGUACCACCACCCGUGCGUGGAGAUAUUAUUCGACAAAUUGGUGACGAAAUGCGUAAAUAUAAAGAGCCCCUGGGAAAACUCGUCAGUUUAGAAGUUGGAAAAAUAUUAAGCGAAGGACAGGGGGAGGUUCAAGAGUUUAUUGAUAUUUGUGAUUACGCUGCGGGACUAUCGCGCAUAUAUUCGGGACAGGUGAUUAAUUCUGAACGUUCUGAUCAUACAAUAUUGGAAGCAUGGCGUCCGUUAGGCUUGGUAGGAAUAAUAUCUGCGUAUAAUUUCCCGAACGCCGUUUUUGGUUGGAAUGCUGCAAUUGCGUUGAUCACCGGAAACAGCGUCCUCUGGAAGGGAGCACCAACUACAUCCCUUGUCUCUGUGGCUACUAUGAAAAUCCUUUCUGAAGUUUUAAAACGCAAUAACUUACCACCCAUUGCGUUACUUUGCCAGGGUGGCGCCGAUGUCGGCCAGAGGCUUGUAUCCGACACAAGGGUGAAACUCGUAUCGUUUACGGGUAGUUGUGAAACCGGACGUAAUGUCGGUGUGGAAGUACAAAAACGUUUUGGCAAAGUUAUACUGGAACUAGGUGGCAAUAAUGCUUUGAUCGUCGAUCAGGAUGCUAAUUUCAAUAUGGUAUUGGAAGCUGCCUUGUUCGGCUGCAUUGGUACAUCUGGGCAACGCUGCACUACUACACGUCGGAUAAUCGCACACGAAAAAUUGUAUGAUCGUCUGGUUACAGAAUUGGUUGCCAAAUACAAGCAAGUCCUGCCUAAAGUCGGCCAUCAAUUAGAUCCUAAAACCUUAGUUGGUCCCGUACAUUCGCAACAAAAUAUAGAAAACUAUAAAGCCGCUAUUGCCGAAGCAGUUAAACUCGGCGGAAAUGUUGCGUUUGGUGGUAAAGUAAUACAGAAGGAAGGAUUAUAUGCUGAACCAACAAUUAUCACAGAUUUGCCACACAACUCACCCGUAGUACAUCGAGAAACUUUUGCACCGAUUGUUUACAUUCUGAAAGCCAAAUCUAUUGAAGAGGCGAUUGAGUGGAAUAACGAAGUAGACCAAGGUCUGUCUUCAGCGAUAUUUACGGAAAACAUUUCGAAUGCAUUUAAAUGGAUCGGCUCGCAGGGAUCCGAUUGCGGUAUUGUGAAUAUAAACACUACAACUAACGGUGCGGAAAUAGGCGGUGCCUUUGGUGGAGAAAAACACACCGGCGGUGGAAGAGAAUCAGGAUCCGAUGCCUGGAAACAAUAUUGUAAACGAGCUACAAUCACAGUGAAUCAUUCCGGAAAGCUCGCGUGUGCACAAGGAGUAGUAUUCAAUGUGGAAUAAAUGAUUGAUGUUAGAUGUAUAUGUUUUUAUAUUAAAAUUACAAAAAAUUUA